CAGGCAAGACGGGAGCCCGCGGGCCCCCAGCCCGGCCGGGCAGGAGGUCCGCGCGGCCAUGGGUCGGGGCACGCUGCUGUCCAGGCUGAGGCAGGCCUGCUGCUUGCUGCUGCUGCUGGGGGACUGCGGGGGACUGGGGAGCAGUGGGAAGCAGCGGGAGCUGCUGGAGGAGCGCCAGAGCGCUGUGACGGAGGCGGCACCGUGGGGCAGAGCGAGGUACGAGGCGGUGAAGAAGCAGCUGGGAGCCGUGGGAGCUCUCUCCAAGCAGUACUGGCAGUACCUGGCUUGCAGAGUGUGGCAGGAGGGCUGCGGGAAGGAGGAAAAGACCAGCCCCGGCCCAGGCUGGAGCUUGCCUCUGGUGGGCCAGGAUUACCUGGAGAUCCUCUCUGCUUGGUACUGCAGUUUUGGCAAGUGCUGCAAUACAGGAGACUGCCGGAUCAUCAACAAUGUCACAGGGCUAGAACUGGACUUCCAUGAGCAUCUCCACGGGCAGCACUUGGCCAAAGAAAUUGUCAUACGGGCACUGCAAGGGUUCCUGCAGAGCCCGCAGCCUCAGAAGGCUCUGGUCCUCUCCUUCCAUGGCUGGUCUGGCACAGGCAAGAACUUUGUGGCCCGCAUGGUGGCUGCUCACCUGUACCGGGACGGGCUGAAGAGUGAAUGUGUCAGGGUGUUCAUUGCGCUCUUCCACUUCCCCCACUACAAGUACGUGGACUCCUACAAGGUUCAGCUGGAGAAGCAGAUAAGUGAGACUGUGCAGCUCUGCAAGCAGUCACUGUUCAUCUUCGAUGAGGCAGAGAAGCUUCAUUUUGGCCUCCUGGAUGUCAUCAAGCCCUUCACAGCUCGCUCUGACAAGGGCCAGCAAGAUAACCGGAGAUCCAUCUUCCUCUUCCUCAGCAAUAUUGGUGGCAGUGCCAUCAACGAGGUUGCCCUGGACUUCUGGCGAGCUGGACGGGCACGAGAGGAGAUUCCUGCGGAGCUCCUGGAACAACAGCUGCAGCUGGAGAUGCUGCAGCUUGCAGAGAAUGGUUAUGCCCGCAGCCAUCUCCUUGAGGAGAACCUCGUUGAUUUCUUUGUGCCAUUCCUACCUCUGGAGUACCACCACGUGAAGCUCUGCGCACGGGAUGCCUUCCUGGCCCGUGGACUUCCUUACACAGAGGCAGCUCUUGAUGAGGUUGCCAGGAUGAUGGUGUUUGUCCCCAAAGAGGAGAAGCUUUUCUCUGCACAAGGCUGUAAAUCUGUAUCACAGCGCAUCAAUUACUUCCUUCCUUGAACACCAGGUGGGACUACAUCCCUGGUGAAGCUGAUUCCAUACACCAGGAGCUGCUCUCCUUGCACAAGGUCAGGCAAGCAGAUCACCCCUGCACAGGGGCAGGGACUGAACUCCAUAUUACUCCGAGGGCUGCUCACAGGGAAGGCAAUGCACUCUGCCCAACCUUACAGGUGGGGUGCCAGCAGGCUGAGCUUGGCUGGGUUUUUAAGUCCACAUGGUGUUUCUUACUCCCUCCUUCUAUCCUGAAGCAGUGAUUCGGCUGUGCUGACAGAUGCUUAGUUUCAUGUGAGUGGGAGUAUUGCCUGUUUGUUGCCGGUUAGUGAAAGCCCAGGCCAGACUGAUCCAGCACAAGCCACGGCCUCAUCCCUGUCCACAGCUUCCUCAGUCACAUACAGAAAAUGACUGCUUCAUCUCCACUGGAGAUUUUAAACCUACAGCCUUUUGCUUAGGAGUGACCUCCUCCUCUCUCUUAGUCUUUGUUCCAUGGAAGCAGCUGUGGGAUGAGGUGAGCUCCUGCUGAAAUCAUUUCCCUGAGCCAUUUGGUGAAGAGUGUGUUUGCUGCAUUGCAGGAGCUGGUUAGGGGAGAGACAGACAUGGGCAAAGAGCAGCUGAGGAGGACAGUGGGUGAAAUAACAGGUUGCAGUUGAAUUCUGGUUUUCAGAGCUGGAAUAAGAUAGUUUUUUCCCCCCCCAGUAUGUUGCGUGCUGUGGGGUUUUGGCUGGUAUCAGCAUUACUACACCAAGGGGCUGUUUGCUGUCUGGGUACUUGCCAGGUGAUAAGAAUGGACCAAAAUAUUUCAACAGUGAUAGAAGAAUCACUUUGUGACCUCGAGGUCAAAACUCCCUUCCAACACAGCUGCUGCACAGUGAGGUGAAUCAGCAGCUGCCAAGGACAGCUCAGCUACCUCAUGUGCGGACCUUUGAUCUACUUUAAGCUUGGAACGUCUCAGCAGUGCCAGUGAUGAGCAGCACAACUCCAGGGACAGGCUGAGCACUGCUCUGCAGCCUCUGAGGUUGCCGAUCUAAUCUGAUGAGGCUAUGUGAUCCAAGGCAGGGAGGCGAACCAGCUGCUCAUCUUGCUUCUCUCUGUACAAAGUUAGCUUAAGCCUGGCUGCUGACUCGAGGCUGGACCUAAGUGCUACGUCUACUUUUAUCAGGCAUUGCUCAGAGUUGGUUUAUGGGUGGUCAUUUCAUCACAUAUGUCAGUCCUGGAAACAGCAGAAAGGUGCCUGAGGGAAAGCAGCUCUUCAGUGGGUAUGCAGCCCUGCAGAACAGCACAGUUCAGGCUCUGCUUUACAACCAGCUGAUCUGCUUGGUUGCUUGUGAGGUCAGCCAGCGUGAGGUCAGUAAAGUUUUGGUUUUUUGAGUAACUGGCUUUGGGUUAGUACAGUGCAGGUUAGAAUAUGCUUUAGAAAAAUAAAGCAAUGUCUAGGCAAGGUUUUUUUUUGCCAAUAAAAUAUUGCAACCUUUAUUUAAAACAAAAUGCAAAUUGGCAAAACUUUGUGGAACGACAGGCAAAGAGGCCCUUCCAAGGCCUUAUUUACAUCAAGUUUAACACUGUUCGCAGUUCACAGUCAGACGAUAGUGAGAGAAUUAAAUUAGAAAAACAACCAAAAUAUAUUACAAUAACAAUUAAAAACAAAACAGUUGACAACACUGUAGA